GGUUACAGCUUCCAAACAGUCAGUCCGGCGAAGGUGGCAGCGGCUAGCGGCUAGCGGCUAGCAAAACUGAUAUUUACCUGCUGUGUCGCGCACAAGUCAGACUUCAUUCAAAAGUGAGCAGCGCAAGCGAGUAGACGAAAAGCUCUCCGUAACGUUAAAAAGAACAUUUCGUAAACGUUGAGUUCAAGUUAAAGUUUUGAAAGCAAAACAUAAUAAAUGUUGACUGAGAAUAUGUAGCAAGGAUAGUAGUUAGAUGAAGAAAAAAUAAUCAAAUAAAGAGCGAAAUUUAUACGAAUUUGAUAGUUUGAGAUUUUUUUUUUUUUAAUAUUCUAAGAACAAAGUGUGAAAAAAAAACUGUUAUAAGUGCGCAUGAACUUUUAAGCUAAAGCGUUUAGUAUACAAAAACAAACAAAUCAAAUUUAAACUAAACUCAAGCUAAGCGCUCAAAAACGCAAAGAUUUGUGUGUUUUAAUUUUUUCAUUAAAUUAACUACUUAAAAAGCAAAGAAAACUAAUCGAAUUCUCAAUUCGUUUUAAUGCUUUGUUUUAUCCGUAUACUUCGUACGUUCUUUUGAGAAAUAAAUCAAAGUAAAAAGUUAAGCGCCAAAAUGAAAGAUCUUGCCAAUAUGUUUUCAUCACGCCGGUAUAGCGCAGCCAAUACCGAUGAUACCGAACAGCAACAACAAUUGACUGCGAAUAUACAUUCGGCAAUGGCGACAACAACGACGACAGGACCUUACACAACAGCGUGCGGUUCGUCGUUGUCGCGCGCCGCUGAAAAGCAGCGUACCAAAAGUUUGCAAGCCAAUCGUUCAAUGAAUCCUGCCGGCAUUCUAAGUUCGUUCUUUAAUGAACGCAAAAGUAAUAAGCGAGCGCGUUCACCAAAAUGCGCCUUUUUAUUACUCGCCCUUGGCGUAUUAGCAAUCACCACUGCUGUGCUGGUGAAAAUCUUCCAACCAUACGAUUUGAUCUUUAAAUGGAAACUAGUUAUGGAAGAUAAAGGCGAAAUUUUCGAUCUAUGGGCAAAACCUCCAGUAGAUCUAUACAUAAAGAUAUAUCUAUUCAACAUAACAAAUGCUGAGGCUUUCCUAGCGGGACGUGAAAAAAUGAAUGUCGAACAAGUUGGACCAUAUGUGUACAAAGAAAUUAUGACCCACGAAAAUAUCACUUUCAAUGCCAACAACACAAUGUCGACUAGGCCCAGUCAUCCUCUAGUUUGGCAAGAACAUUUGUCCGAAGGCCAUAAAGAAGAUGAUGAAGUGGUAAUGCUGAAUAUCGCAAUGUUGGCCAUUUCCCAUUUAACCGCCGAUAAACCGUAUUUCCUGCGCAUGGGCUUGCGCACACUCUUUGCCACAUCGAAAUCACAACCCAUUGUGCGUAUGACUGCCAAGGAAUUUAUGUUUGGUUAUUCCUCAUCGCUAACGACUCUGGGCAAUACGUUCUUUUCGAAUUGGAUAUCUUUUGAGAAAGUGGGACUUAUCGAUCGGAUGUACGACUUCAGCACCGACUAUGAAACAUUCUACACUGGCGCCACAAAUCCUGGCAUUUCUGGCCUCUAUGCCACCUAUCGCGGCAGCACCAACUUGCCACAAUGGGAUGGUGAACACUGCAGCAACAUUGAAUUGGCUUCGGAUGGCACAAAAUUCAAGAGUUUCAUACAACCCAAUGAGACUAUUAAAUUCUUCAGGAAGAGCAUGUGCCGACCCAUCAAUUUGUAUCGCACUGGUGAACCGCAAACUUAUGGCAGUCUAACUGGUUAUAAAUAUGUUUUCGAGGAGAAUGCAUUCGAUAAUGGCAUCAAUAAUGAAGCGAAUAAAUGUUUCUGCAGAAAGGGUAAAUGUCAACCUCAAGGUCUAAUCGACGUCACCGAUUGCUAUUAUGGCUUCCCCAUUUCACUAAGUUAUCCACAUUUCAUGCACGGUGAUCCUGGUCUACUUAAUAAUAUUACCGGCUUGGAACCAAAUGAAGAGAAAUUGAGCUCAGCAUUCGUUGUACAACCGCAAUCCGGUUUGCCGCUCUCCAUAUCCGCCAAAGUCCAAAUCAAUAUGCAUUUCGAUGAUAUGAACGCCUUCAGACAAGUCAGCCGUUUCAGUCAUCUUACAGUGCCCAUGCUGUGGUUCGAUAUCAUGAUGCCCGAAUUGCCCGAAUCACUCGAUACACGCUUCAAUUUCUAUCUCAACAUUCUGCCUUAUCUCGAUAUCAUCGGCUAUUGGGGUAGUCUGGUAGUUGGUAUUGCACUCCUACUGUACGCUGUUACUCGCGCCACACUACGCAUGUCGAAUUUGUCACAAUUGAAUAAAAUUUCCGAUGGUAAAUACAGCAAAGUGAAUAUGUUGCGCGGCGUCAACAAUGUUCAUUGCAAUGAUGUUUAUAAGCCAUGUGAAAUGAAAUUGUUGCAUCAACAUGAAAAAUCUCAGCAAGCGUCAGCACAUGAAACGAAUGUUAUUACACGUCAUGACGAUGAAGUUAUGCAGGCUGGUGUAGAUUUGUUGUAUAAGGAAAUGGCUGCUUCACAGCAACGUCACAGUUCGUUUGCAUUGGAAUUGGAACCGGCAUUAUCCUAUUCGGAGAGUGAUGAUGAUGAUGAUGAUGAUGAUGAUGUUAGCAAUUCAUCGGCAUCCUCAUCGCUAUGCAGUCACAAUUCAUCCACAUGUCCCUGUUUGUUGGAACAGCGGCAAGGUGCGGAAACUGAGGGUGAGCUUGAGGCUGCGGCUGCGGCGGGCGCUCAACAGCUCAGCAAUGGUCAAAUAAGCAGCAGCACGUUGGGAGGUUAUGCGGUGGCUUCAAAUGAGACUUCAAUUAACAUCGAUAUAAUUGAUAGUAAUCAAACUCAGCACAGAAACACUGCCCUUAGCACAGAUGCCAAGCCGGCACAUACCACAGAGGUAGCAGCAACAGCUGACAACAACAAAACACCCAACAGUAUAAAUAACGUUGCGCAACAACAUAAUCACAGCAGCAGCAGCAGCAGCAGCAGCGCAGGUGCAAGUAGCAGUCGAAGUGCCAAAACAGAAAGCAUCUACACUGUUUAAACUCAGUUUCAAUUAAGAACACACACACACACAUGACGACGUUGUAGGCGUACAUAUUAAGCGUACAACCGUUGUAACACAUACAUACGCAUUUUUUGGGUUUAACGGUUUAGUUCAUUAUUUUUACAUUUUUUUCUAAGUGUACCUUUUGAUAUUCAUAAUAACUACAUACCUGCAUAACUGUUUAUUGUAAUAAAUGUAGUAGUAGUAGUAAUUAGGCGCAUUAAGGCUAUAAUUUUUUUCUAAAUUAUUGUAAAAUAUUAAUUUUAUCAUUACGCCUCAUAGUUUUAGUUAGUAUGUUUAUAUUUAUAGAAUGAAAAACAAAGCAUAGCAGACUUUUGUAUUACGAAUACGUGGUAUAAAUGCAUGCAUUGCUUGCAAGAGCUUGUAUACGAUUUGGACAAACAAGAAAAAUCAGUUACUCGAAAGUAAGCAGCAACGCAUGUAUGUAUGUAUACGCAUAUACAUAUGUACGCAAAAGCGCUGCAAAGAAAGAAUUUAUUUUUAAGUCGUACCACCUCCAUGAGGUGCACAAAAACCAAAUUCAUACCACUAUAUAUAAGUGCAUAUGUACAUAUAUGUAGCAUGUCUAUAUUUUUAUACUCAUUAUACACGUCCUCUUUGAAUUUACACAAGUAUACUAUGUGAAAAAAAGUAAUAACAAACAAAAAAUGCGUUUUGAAUUGAAAAUGCGCAAAAUUUUAAAUAAGCAUGAAGUUCAAUUGAAAAUCUUCAUUCAAAAAAACAAACAAAA